GAAAGUCAAAAAAAGAAAACAAAAUCAUAAAUAAACAAUCAAAUUGCCAAUAGCUUAGUGUGAACAUGAUGUGAUGGACCCCAUAACCGUUCUUCUAUUCACAAACAUUAACUAGCCCACUUUCAAUUAAUUCUAAUUCUACUACAUUCAAUUCAAUUUCAUACUCUUAUCUCAAUUCUGAAUCCUCCAUUUUGUUCAUUCAAUUCAAUUCUUCAACAACAACAACAAACAAACACUGAAGAAAAAUCACUUUUUUACAUAGUUUCUCUGUUCUUGGAUCUGACACUAAUGGCGGUUUCUUCCAGAGGAACCAGAGGUGGAUCUAACCUCCGUGGCUUCUUCUCUUACCGGAUCUUUAUCUCUGCUAUGUUCUCUCUCCUCUUCAUUGCAACUCUCUCAGUUCUCUUCACCACAAAUCCAUCCACCGAGAAUGAUAACUCUGAUCUUCCUACUACUGGUAAUGCAUAUGUGCAUAGAACAUUUUUGGCAUUGAAAUCUGACCCUCUUAGGACAAGAGUUGAUUUGAUACAUCAACAAGCUAAGGAUCAUAUUUCAUUAGUGAAUGCUUAUGCUGCUUAUGCUAGGAAGCUUAAGCUUGAUAUUUCUAGGCAAUUGAAGAUGUUUGAUGAAUUGGCUGGGAAUUUUUCGGAUAUUUCUUUGAAACCGACUUAUAGAGCGUCGUUGUUUGAGUCGGAUGGUCCGAUUGAUGAGGAUGUGUUGAGGCAGUUUGAGAAGGAGGUUAAGGAUAGAGUGAAGAUUGCAAGGAUGAUGAUUGUUGAGGCGAAGGAGAAUUAUGAUACUCAGUUAAAGAUUCAGAAGUUGAAGGAUACUAUAUUUGCUGUUAAUGAGUCGCUUGCUAAGGCAAAGAAGAAUGGGGCGUUGGCGAGCUUGAUUUCUGCGAAAUCAGUUCCUAAGAGUUUGCAUUGUUUGGCGAUGAGGCUGAUGGGUGAGAAGAUUUCGAAUCCGGAGAAGUAUAGAGAUGAGAAUCCUAGGCCGGAGUUUGAAGAUCCAAGUUUGUAUCAUUAUGCAAUAUUCUCCGACAACGUGAUUGCUGUGUCGGUGGUGGUGAGAUCUGUUGUCAAGAAUGCAGCUGAGCCAUGGAAGCAUGUUUUUCAUGUUGUUACAAACAGGAUGAACGUUGCUGCAAUGAAGGUCUGGUUUAAAAUGAGGCCAGUUGAAGGGGGUGCAUUUUUAGAGAUAAAGUCGGUAGAAGAAUUCACGUUUUUAAAUUCAUCGUAUGUACCGGUGUUGAGGCAAGUUGAGUCAGCAAAAAUACAUCAGCACUACAUUGAGAAUCAAGCUGAUAAGGUAGCAAAUGAUGCACGCGACUCGAAACUUAGAAACGCCAAGUACUUGUCGAUGUUGGAUUACCUUCAGUUUUAUUUGCCAGAGAUGUACCCUAAAUUGCGCACUAUCUUACUUUUAGACGAUGACGUUGUGGUGCAAAAAGACUUGACAGGUUUGUGGAAGAUUGAUUUGGAAGGAAAGGUGAACGGUGCUGUUGAGAUUUGUUUCGGUUCUUUCCACCGAUAUUCACAGUAUGUGAAUUUCUCUCACCCGUUAAUCAAGGAGACCUUCAAUCCAAAAGCUUGUGCUUGGACUUAUGGUAUGAAUAUAUUUGAUCUGGAUGCUUGGAGACGUGAAAAAUGCACAGAACAUUACCAUUACUGGCAGAACAAGAACGAAGAUCAGUCGAUAUGGAAAUCAGGGACAUCAGGGACGCUUCCACCUGGUUUGAUUACCUUUUACUCCACAACCAAGUCACUAGACAAAUCAUGGCAUGUUCUUGGAUUAGGAUACAAUCCUAGUAUUAGCAUGGACGAAAUCAACAACGCUGCAGUAAUUCAUUACAACGGAAACAUGAAACCUUGGCUCGAUAUAGCUCUGAAUCAAUACAAAAAUCUCUGGACCAAAUAUGUGGACAGCGAUAUGGAGUUUGUCCAGAUGUGCAAUUUUGGAUUAUAGUUGAGCUUAUCAUGCAAUCGUUUUCAUAGUCAUAAUCUCGCAAAGAAGCGUCCAAUGUGGCUUACCAAAUUCUUACUGUACUGAGAAAAUCUCAUGUUAAAUGUUGCUUGUCACAGGAAAGUUCUGCAUCUUCGUCAAAGUAUCGUCUAUGCUGGGAAUGCCGUCUGAGAAUUCAUUGUUGAUAAUUUUCAGAUGCUAGGCAAUAAGUUUUAUGAGCUGAAUUUCAAAAUGUAUACGAUAUAGUUUUUUGUGUUUUGAAUUGUUCUCUAGUUUGGAGUAUAUUUAUCAUUUAUUCAUUUGCUGAUAGUAUUGUCAUGACUUCAAUUAAUGAAUAAUGAGAAAGCACUAGCAAUUAUUUAUA